AGCAUAAACACUCACGGGAAAAUGCGUUUUUAGGAUCUCUUUCGCGCCUACCCAACAACCUUUACACAAAUCGCACACCCUCAACAUCGAAGAUAAUACACAUAUACGUACACCAACGCUUAACUCUCGCUCUCUUUUUUUGUUCCCCUCCCGUCUACGCGGCACAAUGUCGAAUGCGUACUGUUACUUCGAUGUCACCAUCGGCGGCAAGCCGCUGAAGGAGCGUAUCGUGAUGGAGCUCUUCACCGAUGUGACGCCAAAGACCUGCGAGAACUUCCGCCAGCUUUGUCUUGGCAACGGAGGCAAGACCGUCGAGGGCACCGAGGUGCCGAUGACGUACAAAGGCUCCAGCUUCCACCGCGUCAUUGCGGGUUUCAUGAUUCAGGGCGGCGACUUCACGAACCACAACGGCACCGGCGGCGUCUCUAUCUACGGCGAAAAGUUCGAGGACGAAAACUUUGAGGUGCCGUGCGAUAAGAGCGGGCUGCUCGCGAUGGCCAACGCGGGCGCCAACACGAAUGGAUCGCAGUUCUUCAUCACGACGGCGCCUGCCCCGCACCUCACGGGGCGUCACGUCGUCUUCGGCCGUGUGGUGCGUGGCAUGAACGCCGUCCGCGCCGUCGAGCAGACCGCGACCGGGGCUAACGACAAACCAGUGGAGGACUGCCUCAUUGCGGACUGCGGCGAGCUGGACGCACUGCCCGAGGUGGUGCCGGCGGCGGACGGUGACACCUACCCCGACUACCCCGAAGACGUGGUGCCGGCCAUGGACGAUGCGCAGCGCAUCGAGGCCGGCGAGGCGAUUCGCCAGAUCGGCAACACGUACUUCAAGAACGCCGCCUACGCGCUUGCCACCGACAAGUACCAGAAGGCGGUGCGUUUCCUUGUGCAGGUGGAGAACCAGGAGGCGCACCCCGAGGUGAAGGAAAAGCUCAUUGCGUGCUACAACAACACGGCCAUGUGCGCCAUCAAGCUGGAGCGGUGGGCCGACGCGCGCCACGCCGCCUCGCUCGUGCUGAAUUUAGACCCCAAGAACGCGAAGGCCCUGUUCCGCCGCGGCAUGGCGGCGCUGAACGGCAGUGAUGCGGAUGGCGCCGUGGAGGAUCUCACCCAGGCCCACCAGAUGGAGCCGGAUAAUGCGGAGAUCACGGCCAAGUUGAAUGAGGCGAAGGGGAAGGUGAAGGCGCAGAAGGCGAAGCUUGCGGCGAACUUCAAGAAGAUGUUCUCGUAG